AUGACGGCCUCGUCCAUCUCCGCUCGAAGCUCGUCAACGCGCGCGGAGCAUCGAGCGAGUUGCUCUCUCUCGACGCCCUCGUCGUCCAUGCGCGCCAUCUCUGCCUCUACCGCCGCGUCCGUCGCCUCCACCGCGUCCUCGUCCGCGACAUUGAAAUCAUCGUCAUCGAAAUCAUCCAUCACCGAAAAUCGCAUGACCUCCUUCACUUGCUCGGCGGUCACCGCCUCUGUCUCUUCAUCGUCUAGUGAUGUCGUCGUCGGCGCCGGCGCCGGCGUCGGCCUCGGCGUCGGCGCGACGACCGUGAUCGAGCCGCCCUCAACCGCCCUCGGCACGCGAGAUGCGGGAACCUUGAAAACCAACGGAGACUCUUUCGGCGCCGUCGGCGCCUCGAUCGCCUUCACGUUUGCCGCGUCGGCAUUCACGUCUUUCGCGUCGGCGUUCGCGUCCUCGCGCGCGCGUCCCUCGUCCUCAUCCCGCGCCGCAACCUCGACCGCCUCUUUGGUCGCGCCCACCUCCGGUGUGCUUUUCAACCCCUCGCGUUGCUCGCUCUCGCUCUCGCUCAGGUCGAACGCGUCGAGAUCGAGCGCGUCAUCGGAAUCAGCACGUCGUCUGCGACCGCAAUCGAAAACGUGUCAUUCCGCGACUCUACGUCGCACGCGACGCGUUUCACGCGCUCGCGGGCGCGUAGACGCACGGUACAUUUCCAUUCGGUCGAUUCACCGGAGUCGACGCGGUGUCGCGACCCGGGGGGCGAAACGCCGAGCUCAUCUCUCGAGCGUCGCGGAAUCGCGUUGGAUUUGUUAUUUCGACGCUCGAGAGAUGAAAUCGUGCGAUUGGUGCGUCGCGGGGACGUCGCGCGACGGAGAAUUAAUGUUGUGUGCGCGCGGGAGCCUCGAGGGAGGCUCGGUGGACGUCGUCUUCACGCGUCGCCGGGAUGUCACUUUCGAGGAGAUUCACAGUGAAACCGGGCACCCCCGCGCGUCGGGGUUCACCAUCGACGCGGAGGCGACGCGACGGUCGUGUCGGACCGAGCACGGGUUUGAGCUCGGGAAGGAUGGGAAGGAAACGUGUGAGCGCUUGCGGGGGAUGUUCGAGCGAGGGGAGGUGACGAUUCUGCAUGAGCCGAGUCCAGCCUCGUCUUACGCACGAGUGAAGGUUGGUAGAGGUAAAACAGUCGACGUGGAGCUCGUGAGCGCGCCCCGCGGAUGGUGGGAGAUUGAUGCGGUGCAAGCGUUGUCGUUCAUAAAUGAAGGGUUGUUGGAGACGCUAGAGGUGCUGAAGAAGACGAAGAGAGAGCGGGAGGCGGUAGAGGGCGACGCAAGAGAGGAGCAGCCUCGAAGCUCGAGCGCGACGCCUCGGGCGUCGCCCGCCAAGGGUACGUCCAUAGGAAACUGGGUGCUCGAGGGCACGCGAACGCGACCAAAGUUGGCGAAAUUGGUCGAGGAAAAGGGAGUUAAAUGA